GUCUACCAAGAAUAAAUUCUAGCGGAGUGAUCGGACUUCUUGACGUGGCUCGAGAGUGUCGGCAAAAAUAAACUGCAACGUACACAUUUGGUGGAAUAAUAUCAAGAACAUAGCAAAAUGGUGCUGCUAGCUGCAGCAGUUUGUAACAAAGGAGGGAAAGCUAUAAUUUCCCGCCAGUUUGUUGAAAUGAACAGAUCAAGAAUAGAGGGUCUCUUGGCAGCAUUCCCAAAACUCAUGAACACUGGAAAACAACACACCUUUGUGGAAACAGAAAGUGUGCGAUAUGUGUAUCAGCCUCUGGAAAAACUCUACAUGCUGUUGAUUACAACUAAAGCUAGCAAUAUCUUGGAGGAUUUAGAAACUCUUAGACUGUUUGCAAGAGUUAUUCCAGAAUACUGCAAAAAUUUGGAAGAGAGUGAAAUAGUGGACCAGGCUUUUCCUCUGAUAUUUGCAUUUGAUGAGGUUGUUGCUCUUGGUUAUCGUGAAAAUGUCAACCUUGCACAGAUACGAACAUUUACCGAAAUGGACUCACAUGAAGAGAAGGUUUUCAUGGCUGUUAGACAGACUCAAGAGAAGGAAGCCAAGGACCAGAUGCGUAAGAAAGCGAAGGAGUUGGCUAAGCAGCGUCAGGAGGCUGAGAGGAGUGGGCGUGGCAGUAAGACGGGGGCUGGCAUGGGGAUGGGUGGGGGAGGAUUUGGCAGCUCCUCGUUUGGUCGCCAAGGUGACUCCACCACAGUUAUUGAUCCCACACCAGUAGAACCUGUCAAACCAGCUUACACAGCUCCUAGUCGUCCUGGUGGUAAAGGCAAGGCAUUGAAUCUGAAGAGCAAGAAGCAGGACGUGGACAGCUUUGUGGGGCAACUCGUGUCAGAGGGCGAAAAGGUGACAAGCGUUAACCAGUCAACAAACAAAGCAGUUGCUAAAGUCAGCACUCCAGCUAUAAACCAAGAGGGUAUACACAUCAGAGUAGAGGAGACGAUAACCGUGACAGCGGGGCGUGAUGGGGGUCUACAGAGCCUGGAGCUGCAUGGCAUUGUGAAACUGAAGAUCAAUGAUGAGAAGAUGGCACGGGCUGUAGUGCACAUCGUCAAUAACGAUAAGAAGGGACUACAAAUGCAGACUCACCCGAACAUAGACAAGAAGCUGUUUGCGGCCCAGUCCAUCAUCGGCCUGAAGAACCCAGAGAAGCCCUUCCCAGUUGGUCAGGACAUCGGCGUGCUGAAAUGGAGGCUGAGUUCACAGGAUGAGAGCUACAUGCCACUCACAAUAAAUUGCUGGCCAAAUGAGAGUGGGAGUGGAUGUGAUGUCAACAUUGAAUAUGAACUUGAACAACCAAACCUGGAGUUAAAUGAUGUUCAAAUCUCAAUACCGAUAGCGUCCGGUGUAGGGGCCCCUGUGGUGGGUGACUGUGAUGGAGAGUACAGCUAUGAUAGCCGCAAGAACGUGCUGCACUGGAACCUGACCCUCAUCGAUGCCUCAAACAAGUCCGGCGCUAUGGAGUUUUCCGUGGGCGGUCACCCUGAUGACUUCUUUCCUAUCAACGUUUCGUUUGUUUCAAAGAAAUCUUAUUGUGAUAUACAGGUAACAGAUGUUAAACUGUUAGAAGACGAUACCCCAGCAAAAUAUUCAUCAGAAGUGUGUUUUUAUGUGGAUAAAUAUGAAAUAGUGUAACACUGGACUGGCAGCUUAUAAAGGACCCUCAUUAUAUUUUCAGAAUGUCAUUAUCAUUCAAACAUCGGUUACGUUUGACUCUUUGAACACUUCAUAAGGGACACUGUUGUUUGUGUUAAUAAACAAUAUGUACAUGGGCUGGGAUUUGAAAAGUGCUUCAUUGUCAUCAUUAAGCUGAAUUGAUGCCUUGUGAAAGACUUGAGGUCUAUAUUUCUUGUGUUUCAUUACAUUAAAUACCUAGAUAGGGCUUAAAGUAAUGAAAAAUAUUUCAUAUAAUUUCUUAGGUCACAAUAGAAAUUGGAAAGCCAUUGAAGUAAAAUGUCAUUCCUUAAACCUUAUUGUUACCAACAUGCUGAGAAAUGGUGAACUCUUGACAUAAUGAUAAUUGAUGGUUGUAAAGACCAUACUACUUUUUGAAUGGUUGGUCUUAAAUUGGCUUACUCUGCCAUUCGCCAAAUUAGCCAAUGGCUACAAAUUGACAUAUUUGCCUAAGAAAAUUCUAUUUGGCUACUUUUUCUUCAUUAAAACUUAUAAAAUAGCCCAAACUAGAAGAAUUUUGUCAAAGCAAGGGCAAAUUUGGCUAAAUAAAUUUUUGAGCCAGGGGAAGCCCUGAUAAUUGUAAGGAGGAUGUUAUGACAUGUACAUCCUACAGAAUAUUUGUCUGCAUACAAGAUCAGAAGCUGGAUAGGCAUCAUAUGUUAUGGCUUUUCCAGUUGUUUGGUAAAGAAAAGAACUUUAAACAUUUCACGUGUCGUUGGUUGAAAUUGUUUUAAUUUUGUUGCAGGGCUUUUUUUCCUUAUUCAGCAAGGCAUUAUAAAGGCCCCUUCCCGUAAGAGAAUUUUUUUAAAUGAAAUUUUCACCAAACUUUGGGAGAUUACUUCCACUUUUCAUUUUUGUCGAUAAUUUUUUACCCAAAAUGGAAGGCCAGGCCCUUUUACCAAAUCAAGAAAAAAAGCCCUGUGUAAUUUCAAUCAAGUUCUUUUUUCCUCAAUUCAGUUCUUCUCUUCAACAAGCGUAGUCUUAAAGUAAAGUCAAAAUGCAACACUGAUUUCCAUUAGUGUUAAUGUGACUUAAAACAACAAUUAUGAAGCAAGUUAUUUGUUAAUGAAUUCUUAUUGACGCCUGUCAGAAAAUGUUACAUUUAUAUCUCCAUAUUAUGUAUUUCGGAGUGAGUGCGAUGUUUGACUUGGUUUUAGUAAAUAUUUCUUUGUCAUCAUUGUAGAAUUUUGAAUCUUGGCUUCAUGGCCUGUAUUUUGUUCAGAUUGACAGUUACAGAGUAUGCUGGAAUAUAAGCAACUUGGUUCAUUAGAAUGAUUAUCUGGUGUAUGUCUGUUGAGUAAAGAGUGUGGAAAGGUACUGCAGUAAGAAGUUUAACUAACUGAUUUCAAUGUGUCUUGUUAAAUCUUAUCAGCUUAUUGAGAUAUGUUGAUGUACAUUAUAUGUAUGUUUUGUGCAUUGAUUUAUCAUGCAAUAUGCCAUUUAAGUGUUUUUCAGAAAUUUAAUCUCAUGUUCUGGUGAUGUUCAGAAUUCACUACCUGUACAACACAUCAUACUUCUUGAAACCAAUUAUGGGCUAUACAUAUAUUCAGUAAUACCUCUGUACGGCUACUACCACAUCUGAUGAUAUUGUACCCUAAAAUGUCAGUAAGUUUGAAAUAGUCUCCUGCUUUUCAACUAAGAAUGUUUUGUUCGUGCAAGUCUUGAUUUUAAAGAUAAAAAUGCCUGUUCAAUCAUCAACAGAUAUGAGACUGUGAUGCAUAUUGUGAGACAAGUGUAUGUGGCUAUUGAUGAUAUUAAAAUAAUUGGUUUGAUUACUUUGUUGAGCAUCUGGAUUAAUCAUUGGUACUAUUGUGGUAGCAAUUGCGGUGUGUUUAUUAAUCCUUUUUAGUCCCCUACCGGUUUCACCAGACUUAUGGUUUUGUCUCCGUCUGUCUGUCACACUUUUCUGAAACCUGCGAUAACUUUAAAAGUUCUGAAUAUUUUUUCAUUAAACUUGGAACAUGGAUAGAUGGCAAUAUGGACAUUAUGCACGUCAUUUCAUUUUGUUCCUACGUCAAAAAUUGUGGUUGCUAUGGCAACAAAUAGACUAGAAAUAGUGCUGAAAAUGGUGUUUUUUUCUGGAUCUUGCGAUAACUUUAAAAGUUCUGAAAAAAAAUUCAUGAAACUUGCAACAUGGAUGGAUGGCAAUAUGGACAUUAUGCACGUCAUUUCAUUUUGUUCCUAUGUCAAAAAUUGUGGUUGCUAUGGAAACUAUUUUUUUUUAAAUAUUCUGAAAAUGGGGAAAUUUCUGACAAUGGUGGAGCCGGUAGGGGACUUUUAUUGCUUGGCAAUAGUCUUGUUUAAUAAUAGGUGAUAUAUAGACCCACUGAUUUUGCAUUUGAGCUACAAUUGGUGUGACAUGUUGAUACAUUACAGCUUUGUUUAUUAUUUAUUUGAUGUAUGAAAGAAAUGAAAUAAAUUUAUUGUACAUAUUAGAAUUGUACAGAUCUGUA